AUGUUUAUCGAUUGCGAUCUACGAAAUGAAAUUGAAAAAAAAACUGAUUCCGUUUUCAAAGACUACGUGCUAGAUGUGAUUUUUGCUGAUGUGAUAUCGAAUGAAUUUCAUAUACGAAAACUGAUAUUAUAUCCACCGGUGUGCGACGACUGUCGUCGCAAGUCGCCGAAUGGUGUUUACGAACAACUGCCGAGUACUCUCUAUGUGCACCGCAGCAGCCCUGCACAGUCGCACUUCGAGCUGAUCGGGAAUCCACCGUUCAAGAGCAAUUCGUUCACUGCAAUCGACUUCAAAACGGUUCUCGAAAUGAAUUCAUCAUUGUUGUAUUAUGCUCCGAUUUGUGACACAUUUUGCAAUUACACUGUACUCUUCAUUUCUUUAGUGACAAUGACGUAG